UACACAUUUUCUUUCAUCGAUUUCUGUCCUGAAAUAAAUUAAUUGUUCAUUUUAUAAGAAUGCCGCGGCACAGGACAUUGGUGAACGUUGGGCAUCGCAUUAUGAAGCGAUUCCAGGAGCUGGAUCUGAAGGUGGACGAGGAGUUCGUCGUCUUCGUGGUUCACCUGCUGGCAAGGGAUCAGCGAAGAGGUCUGCUGAAAUACGACCUGAAUAAACCCACCGCCUGUGCCAUUGACUCUUUUGUGAACACAAUUGUGGAUAGCUAUGUGAAUCCAAAGGAUUGCACCAUGGCCAACAUGAAGAUGGCAUGGGUAAUGAAGAAAGGAGAAACCAUAGACCUCGAGUAUGUGAAAAAGCAGUACGAUGAAAAGUUUGAAACAGAGCUGCAGCUGGUCAUUAAUGACAUUCUUAAGUACCCGGAGACCUGCAGUAAGGUGCAAUUGGACCAGCUGUUCGCCAAGAUGCAGGUCUUCAUCGUGGCCCGCUACAAUCUGGGCUCGCCCAAGAACCAUGUGCUGCUCAAGCUGACGGCACAGGCUCUGUACAGCGUUAUCGGACGCAGUGAUCUGCAGAACUAUGUCCUAAAGAAGAAGUACCAUCGGCUGGAGUAUCUGCAGCGUUUAGCUGCCACAGUGGGGGGCAUAGUUAUUUACAACAGUGAUGGUCCCGAUGGUGAUAGGGAGAAUGUUAGAAGUGUGGUCAAUGAUCUGGAAAUGGCCCAGAAGAACACAGAAGCCGCCUUUGCAGCCAGCAUGGAGAAGGCUGUUAAGGUGCAGUCCAUCUGCCAGGCGGCCCUCGAAGACCUCAUACAAAUUGAUCAAAAGGACGAGACCUUGACCUACCGCGUGCCCCUCGAGCACCUGGAUCGCCUGAACCAGUUCUCGCUGACCUACUUUAUGCUGCACCGCUGUCUAACCACUCUGAGCAAGCACUACCACAGCACGGUAUACCUGAUUGAAGUGGAGCAGAAGCGGUACGACUGCGUGGUGGCUAAGAUUAACGAUACCCUCUCUAUGCGCACCGCUAUUGAUUCGGAACUAGUCUUUCCGCACUUUGUGUACAUCUCACAGGUGUGGGGCAAUCUAAACAACUUCCUGAACCACAUUGUUGAGUUGAACAAGCUGAGGGAGCAGGUGGAGGCUUUCGUGGUCGACGACCUGAUGAUCCUGGCCAAGGCUACAGUGGCCGAGCUGCAGGCCUUGAAUAAACGCAUAAAGAAGCCUAAGGUCUGCUCCUUUGAAGAGCGCAUGGAUGCCGUGAAGGAGCUGCAAACCGAUGGCAAUUUUUGCAACCUGAGCAAGGCGGACAUAAAGGAGUUUUGCUCCCUUGCCAUGACCAUAACCAACGGCCUACUAUUGCCGGCCCAGGUGACAAGAAAACUUUGCUCAAAUGUGAAUAUUACUUUUGGCUUUCGGGACCACAGAUACGCUCGUUUCGCAGAGCUACGCUUUGAGCCCUUCAUAGCCGCCUUUAGGAAAGUGGUCUUCAACAAUGCCAACCUUGCGCUGCUUUUUAAAUUGGACGAUACGUUGAUAGAGCAGGAGCUGCAGGAUCUCAUCGUUGAACCUCCAAAGCAAAAAGAUUUCGAGUGUCAAACGGAAAUGGUGGUUACCAACGAUCUAUCGCCAGCCAACUGGAUAAACGUAACAUGGAAUGCGUGGGACUAUCACAGGGAAACCAUCCACUUGGCCAACAUCCGUAAACAGCAGACCAACGACACGCAGACCAAAAUCAGCUAUGGGCAGCGCAAUGCCCAGAACCAAACCUACAACACUCGGCAACAUAAGUGAUAAGGGCAAAAAUCUAUACUCACCAGUUUU